UUGUGUCUUAAUAUCAAAAAUUUAGAAAAAAUGAUAAUUUAUAUCCUUAUCGUGGCACUAAAAUUCCGUAAACCUGAACAAAAUUGAGCCCAGAUACCUGAAAACCCCAAAUCCCGGGCCAGACCUCUUUCCUUUAGAACGUCAAAAUCACGUAACCCGGAUGUCAACAAGACGUCGCAUUAAAAUACUCUACAUGGAAACUACAAGACUCCCUGUAGGUGCAUUUUUAAAGACUAUUACAUCCGUUCUUUGGAAACGUUUUUGUCGUACUAACUAUUUUGGCCUCUUAUAUGGGACAUUCUAAGUUGACAGCAUAAGGGAUUAGAGACCAGGUAGCACAGGCCACCCCACCAGGUUCCUAAUCUCAAUUGUUUCACAUGCGAUUUCACUUCUUUAAGCAAAAAACUUGAAAAACAGGAAUCAAAUUUUGCUCUAAAAAUUAUGCUUUGCCAAGCCCGAGAAAUGAAUUCUCAUGUGCAACAAUUGCAAUUAGCGACCUGGCAGCUUGGGGCAAAAGGGUUGGUAGGUCAGCUCUCUAAUCCUUUAUACUGUACGUGAAUGUUAGAAAUGUACCACAUAAGAGGCCAAAAUAGUCAUUACAAGAAACUGGUUUGAAAUGAACGGAUAAAGGAGGGUUCAAAAAAUGCACCUAAAGCCAACCUUACACCUCGUUGGCAUGCUAAUGUGAUUUUAAAGGAAGGGAUUAAUAUAGCCUGCAAGGCGUAUUGUGCUGUGCGAUCGAUUUGAACUUUCGAUUGACCGGGAGUUGGGGGGAGUCCAAAAGUGAUUCCUAGGGAGAGGUUGCCUGCCCCUCCUCAUCGGGUCGCGCGAUAAAAAAGAAAACAAAAAAACGUCUGGGCGAGGAUUAAUAAGGCCAGUGGUACCAUGCCGUAGAAAAUGAUUCAUUACCAAUACAAAUUCCUUGGUGUGAUACGUAUUUUGUGCAAUUUAAGGAGGAAAAACUCAUUCAAUUAGGGCUUUUUUUUCUGGAGAGAAACAGAAAUUUCGUUUAUCACAAAGAUUUUGGCCGCCGACCGGUUACGUAGCCACGUGACCAUAACAUUACGUGACACUACCACGCUAUGAUUUGAUUUUGAAAAUUAACGAAACUGCAUAACUUCAGCUGCCUGGAUAGACUUCUUCCAUCAAGAAUCUAAAGUAAAGGUAAGCGUCUUAUUUAACGAGAACAGAUAAAACGGUAAAUGACUAAUUGUUUUUGUUGUGCGUCAAACGUUUUUAAACAGCCUGAUUAUUACAAUAAUUUAUGCACCGCGGUGAAAUUCACUCUGAAAUUGAGGAAAGAACUUAAAAUUCUGCGUUACCUUUGUACGUGUUUUGUAUCCCGGGGUAGUGAUAUUUAUUUUCAUUACUUAGAGAGCUUGGAUCAACUUCUGAUCUAGAGAAUUCUAUUAAAAACACUGUUUACUGUUCAGUGCAGGUAGUAGGGAACUUAAGAUAGAGACGUUUUCGGGGCGACGGCAACUUCAACCGGACGUGACAUCUUCGAUAUUGCGCAUGCUUGUGCUCACUACCUUGCCGUCGUGGUCCCGUCGGCGGCGUGAAACUGGUCUGUUUGGCGUUGUGGCGAAAACGUGAGUAUUUAACUUUCAUUUCAAUCAGGUUUGUUGCGUUUAGCAACCAACAUUUUGCAGAUUAUCGUUCUUAAAUUGUCCUUGUUUUCUUUGAGGCACACCUCAAGCUCGAUUUCCAAGCUCUGUUAUCUAAACUUACAUCUUUGAAUGUUUCUAUGUUUUCAUGUCACAGGGUCAAGAUCCAACUUGGCAAACAGCCAACCGUAAUUGAGCUUGACAUGGGACAACAUUUUCCCACGAGCCAAAUAAAAGAAUCCAGACAAAAAAUAUGAACUCCGAUAUUUCAAUUGUGUGUUUUUAGUUCGCUCUUUUCGUUAGAAUAUCGUAUAAAUGAAACGCAUUGAAAAUUAUAUAGAAUAGUAGGUAAUACCAUGUACUAACUCGGCGUGGGAAUACUGAAAUAAAGUUAAAUUAACUGCAAAAACCUUGGACGAAGAUCCGGCUAGUUGUAAACGUUGGAUCUCUAGAGAAGAGAUCAAAUCAGCCAAAAUAUAAAGAACGAGAACGAGAAGCCCAAAGACUACAGCGAAGCUGAUUUAAAACAACGUGUAUUGUUUUUUAUAACAAUAUUGCGGCUGGCCAUACCAUAUAUAUAAUAUUGUGAUUGCUACAUAAGUUCAGUAACAUCUGUAAACCUGAAGAAGGCUGGUAUGGCCAGCCGAAAUAGGGAGAGUUGAAAAAACUGACCCCCACUCCGCGGACUACCCACUGACCCCACUCCGCGGACUACUCUACGGACUACUCCGCGGACUACUCUAAGGACUAGUCCGCGGACUACCAUGCGGACUACCCUAACUAAUCAACCAAAUUUACUUUCACGGAGAAAAGAGUUCGAAGAAGCGUACCUGCCUACAAUAUCACACUUGAUAAACAGCCGCCAUCUUGAUUUUCGCCAUUUUACUCGACCCAGCCCUUCUUCUUCAUUGCUACGUCCAUUGCAGCUUCCGUUCUUGGAUCGUCACGCAACGCGUCUCUCCAAACCUCGCGUGACGAUCCAAAUAACGACUGCGUGCCCUACGUAGGAGAAUACGUCUCCAAGGGCCUUCUGGGCCAGGUGAAUCCAAAAAUAUGGUGACUUCCAAGCACGGCUAUAAGUAAGUUCUUAAAAACAUUUUUAAGCUGAAUAUAACAAAAACUGUUACCAGCGCCAAUAGUGGUCAUCGAUUGGCUGAUCUAUAUUUCAUAUUUCAUAUCAGUGGCUGGCAUGACGUCAAUGAUGUCUUUCAUUGAUUAUGCUGGCGAGAAGUAUGCAAGCAGACCCACGGAUCAACCUUCAACACUCUUUUUUUUUUUUUAAAUUUUAAAGGCAUUUAUGACUAAAACUAUUUAAUGGAAAAUGAAACUUAUGGGACAAGUCACAAGAUGUUGCUUAACUCAUGGCUUCAACCUUGAAUCUUGAACUGCCUUCUAUGUAUACGUUGUAGUUCAAUUUUAUCUUUGGUUCAAUUUUCAAUUUCCUUUGUUUAAAAUUCAUUAUCAUAUAUUAACAUAGAAAAGAACAAUGGAAAAUAAAAAUUGAACCAAGGAUAAAAUUGAACCACAACAUAUACAUGCUAACACUUACUCGUUUGUCACAUUACAUUUUUGUGAUGCGAUGUUUUGAAAUAAUAGCAACAAUUAUAAAUAGCACGGUUUUCAAUUGAGUGUCAUUAAUUUGCGUUAACUUUAGUUUUGCACUACUUUUUUGUGAUUGGUUAGGAAAAGUUCCUGGUACUUUCGUAACCAAUCCGCAGAAAAAAAAAACAUCAUUUCCAAUCGUGACUUGCUCUCGUGUUUUUCACGUUUGACAACAUUUACAUAUAUUUAUUUUCCUUCUCAGUUUUGAUUGGCUCAUUGUGCUCUCUGCAUCUGUUGAUUAGCCAGAGUGGUAACUUUAGUUUUGGCUUUACGACACUCAUUUGAAACUGUUCUAAUUAUGUUUAAUUUGGUUUAAUGCUUACAUUUCACAUUUUCAUGUGCACAAGGAGAAGCUACAUUAUUUUAGACUCAACGUUGCACAUUUCGUGUAACCGAAUGUGGUAAACAGGAACAGUCAACUACAACAACUGGAACUAUACAUUGAAAACCUCAUCAGUUUCAGAAACACCACGAAAACUACAUAGCCAGAAAUUCCGACUCAAAAUCACAUUACACUCCUUGUCCAGCCCUAGUUUUCAAUUGAACGUUGACAUUUUUGACGGCAGGGUUAUUUUGCCAAACACCAAACGCCAAAUGUACACAAAGUUGACCGUCUUUGGGCUAACCAGAGUGUUAAAAAAGCUAACCAGAGUACUAAAUAGGCUAACCUUAUACAUGUAAAUAGGUUUUUAACCCCAAAUACGGUCAAAUACUACAUUCUGCAUUUGGCGUUUGGCGUCGGCAAAAUACCCCUGCCGCAUUUUUGAGAUUUCGUUCUGAAAAUUGGGGGUCCUGUGACAUCCCAAAACGCAUUGCGCGACGCGAGUACACGAGAAACAGUCGCCAUGUUUGUGUAUUUCAGACUGUAUUUGCGUAGGACAAUUCGUCAUCGUGUCGAUAUAUUUCCUUGGCGGGAAUCAGCGAAUCGACAGUAUGCAAGCACACCUGUCGUGAGUAUUAGACUACACAUGAGUUCAUCAGCAAAGUAUUUAUGAUCGUGUCAUUUUUAACAGCGAAUUCCAAACUAAGAUGUCAGCUGAGAUUAUCGUAAACAUAUUUUCAAAAAAACCUCACAGGAGGAUGUUUCAGUCUAAUAUUUUGAAAAUUAGACGAUAUAGUUUGCUGUAGAGUAAAUCAUUAUUUAGCUAGUUGUCUGUUUACAAAUCUUCCCGUAAAGAUCUCUACAAUGUGGGCAGCGAUUUCCCUUAGCUGUCGCUGACAGUUAAAUGAACAUGUACUGGUACGGGAUUUGAAAUUUCUGGCUAUGAGCUUAAAUCGUAAUCAAACCUAGCCCUAACCAGUUGUUGUAAUCCUUCAGACACAACAAGACUGGCUUUGAUAUUCACGCUCGACUCCUUUCCUGACAUCUUAGUACAAACGGGAUUCAGGUGGUAGUGUCUGGUUGAAGUCGUCAAUUGCCACCGGUUUGUUGCUUUGUUCCAAAAGUGAUAGGCUUCGAAUCUGGCAAAACAACACCGUUGAUCAUCUGCAUCCUGGUAGCCAACAACAGCAGACGUGAUUGAUUUAAGACAGCCAGCACACUUUCUGAUGUUUCCUGUUAUCUCUUUCAGCACUAGUGGUGUACUAGAUGGCGGGUCAACAGGCCUGGCUGAUUUCCUGAUAAGAAGGGUUGUUGGAUUCAAAACCUCCGCUUGUAAAUGAGAUCCAGGUGCUGUGUCUUCUACCUGUGUACUUGAUUCCAUAACGACAUCAUCCAGCGGACGCUUCCGGGAUGGAGCCUUUGCUCCCACAUUUUUCGGGGCGGUUGCGGUGGUUAUCUUGUUUAAGCUUCGGCCUUUGUAUGCCUGGACUACCUUUUGGACACAACCACGAUGAAUGGCAACAGCCAGGGAAUGAAAGCACAGGUUGUUUCUACUGAAGAAAUUGCAACCACAAGAACAUUUGCCACUCUUCAAGCAUUGUACGCGAUGUGGCAGAGGUCCCUCACUGUAUACAAAGAAUACUCCUUCCUGGAAACUCUCCCGAAAUUUGGCAUUGUACAGGAUACUCUUCGCCUUCUCAAGUAGACUCGCCUGUUCCUCUCUGGAGAACUCGACAUCAAGUUGAGCAAGGUCACUGAUGUCGCAAGACAUCUGAUUUGAUGAGCUCUCAGCUGAAGUGGCUGUAGCAGUUUUGAACUUGAAUGAGCGACACCGCUUGUAAGCCGCUGGGUCUGGACACACCUUUUCAACUUUCCGCAUGAAAGCCUUCCUUUCUUCAGGUGUCAUUUCUCCAUGGCUUUUUCCUGAUAAAUGCUGCUGAAACUGUGGGCAAAUUUCCCAUUUAUCAGAUGACUGAAACCAGGCAAGCUCUUCUUCCUGAUCAAAGGAUUCUACGAAAUCGUAUAAAGUGACAAUGAAUUUCUCCAUAUCUUGAGGGACGAAAUUUGCCCAAUCUUUUAACAUGUCAUUAAUUGACUCUGGAAUGUUUUGCUGGUAAGGCUUGUCUCCUAAGCCAAGGUUUUUCAUCACGUACUUUGACAUCCUUGUCUGCAUAUCUUCCAGCUUGUGUGCUCUAAAGUACUCUGCGAACAUUGGUGGACCACCCUUCUCUGACCUCUCCAAAGUCUCCCAUUCCUUCAUAAGAACUGCUGCCCGUGCAUCAAACUGCUCCCUGGAGCUGGACCAAAUAAGACCACUCCCUUGUCGGUAGAGAUCUUGGGAUAUGCGUUCAACUAAUGCUGAAGACAGGCCCAGUUUUCUUCCCUUGGCCUUGACAUUUCUUUCACUAUGGAUGUAACACAGCAAAGGAGCAGCAUGCUGAAAGCCGGCAGCAAGGGCAUUUUUCAAAGCACACUCGUCAUCCGUUCCAGUGGCAUGGAGGUGUUGAGAUAAGCCUGGAAUCUCACGAUUGAGACAGUGGAUGAAGGAGAGAUAGGUUGAUUCCUCUUUGGUCAUGCAAAUCAUGACUGGGACAAUACAAGAAGGGUGACGAUUUGUUCCUUUCACUUGGAGAACAGUGUUUCUGUAACUUGUCACAAGCAAGUAGAAGGGGCCAAGUUGAAACGUGAGGUCAACACCAAGCUCAGAGACUUGAUUGGAUCUUUUGUGGCAGCAAAACUUGACUAUAUUGUUUAGCUGACGAUUAGUAAACAGCAUUACAGUUGGUAGGUCGUUACAAACGAUUUCACGUAUAAAACCACGAAAUGUGGUUUUCUGUAGUUCCAUUACAGAUGCAAGUGGGUCCUUGUUAGCUGGUCCUGGCUCUUGCUGUUUCUUCUUAAUGUACUUGACUUGAUUCUCAUUACGGGGCAGUGUGCCCGUACUAUCCACACCACAGACACCACCAGCCUCCUUUCUUACUUGAAAUAAAGCUCUCUUUGGCCCAUACUGCUGUGCCUUUUCUGCAAUCGACCGCUUUGUGCUCGUUUUAGUUCGUAGAUAUGGCAUGUUUGAAGAUGUACGGUUGCCAUGCUUUUCAACUUUGAACUUUGUAGGCUUGCCGUCGUAGUGGUAGUGGAGAAGUACAAGUGGGAACCACUUGUUUAUGUCCUUUGAAAAUUCAAUAGACACAAUGGUUCUAUGGUACAACGGGUAUGAGGAACAUGUGUACGAUCUUCUUCGCACAACAACAUCAGCAUUGCCUUCAUUACGCACUCUCUCCAUCUCAACUACUCUUCCGUUCUCAUCUCUAUCAAUGGUGUAAUAUUUUGGCCUGCAACCAGUCAUCUUCCAAACCCCAUUCUCAUCAGCAUAUAAAUCUGCUCUAUUUCCUAAGGCACUAAUAUCUAAGACAAAUGUCGCGUUUUGUUGAAUCCGUGUAGGAACAGAAGUACUGAUCAUGUCUGUCCUCAUUAUCGCUUUGGCAGUUGAAGAGGAAAGGGAUGAUGUAGGGGUUUUCCAGAGAUUCAAAAUCGACGAUUUUGCAUUUGAUGUUUGCAUUGUAGAGUUUUAACUUCUUAAGAGGUUUGGCAGGAGAUUUUGAAACGUCUAUUAUGUUCUCUGUCUCCUCAUCUUCAUCAGUGUCAUUGGCCUGUAAAAAAAUAUUUACAAACAAAAUUCAUAUUUCACAACAUUCCCCUAAAUUUAUUUAAUUAAUUUAAUUUAAUUUAAGUUUAAUUUAAGAGGGAUCAUCGCUCAGGAACGAAGCAAAAACCCGUGUUCCCCCACCUUGGGAUAGCUUCCUUUCAGAUUAUUAACUUACACUAUUGUAGGAUAAUGUUACUGCUCAAGAUAGAAUAACAUAAAUAGCUCCACAAAACCCACAAAUUGAGGUAACAAAAGUGAAGUGUUUGCUUUCUCCAUUGAAAAGGAGUUCUUAAGUUCACAGAGCCGCCCCUACGACGAGCGACAAAAGAUUCAGUCUCAGUCCUCCUCAGAAAAAUAAAUCAAACAUCCCCAGUGUGGGGCCCAAACUAGCAGUAAAAUUCCCAAGGGGGGCGGGGAUGACUUGACAGUUCAAAUGACCCAAAAAUGUCCACUCCCUUCCCCAUCAGGCUUAAAACCGAUAAGUGCAUAACUUGAAAACAAAACCCUUGGUAACCAAGCGCUUUGGUUCACAGCAUGGAAACAAGGCAAGAAAUGCAAACUAAGGCAACCUACCUCAUCCAUUGGUAUCCUGCCAAUAGAAGUAUCAGUACUGUCACUGUCAUCCGAACUAUCGUCAACCUGGCCUUCUACCCCCCUAUGAGAAGUUAAAAGUACAAUAAAUAUCUUGUUUUGCAAUCUCAAUUUUUUUUAAUUUCCGGUGUAGCUUGCUUCCUCACCUUACUCUCUCCCCUUGUAGGCAGGUACGCUUCCUCUAACUCUUUUCUCCGUGAAAGUAAAUUUGGUUGAUUAGUUAGGGUAGUCCGCAUGGUAGUCCGCGGACUAGUCCGUAGAGUAGUCCGCGGAGUAGUCCGUAGAGUAGUCCGCGGAGUGGGGUCAGUGGGUAGUCCGCGGAGUGGGGGUCAGUUUUUUCAACUCUCCCACCGAAAUAUUGUUAUAAAAAACAAUACACGUUGUUUUAAAUCAGCUUUGCUGUAGUCUUCGGACUUCUCGUUCUUGAAAUAAAGUUGUUGCCGUUGUUGUUGUUGUUGUUGCAUGCAAGUAUUUCCCGGAAAUUAUUUCAAUACCAAACUAAGAAUACGGUUCCUUGGUAGCAUUUUAAUGUUCCUGUAAUUUGCAAGGCUUCGACAAGCCUGUGAAGAUCAUUUUUUUUCAACACGAAAUUCUGCCUUGAACUCGGCUGCAUCCCGCAUGUUUUUUAGCGUAAACUGUCCCGAGGAAAAUCGCGAUUUUUGGACUCAUAAUUUUCCCACAAAACGUGAAACUCUUCAUCCGAUACAUGUUGUCUGCAUAGCAAAUAUUUAUUCUCUUAAUUCUUUAUGUGAAGCCAUAGUUUCCUCUUCGGUAUUCUUUUAAUUAAAGGCGCCGUCCUUCUGAGUUCACUGAGAUCUUAAUGUUUUAUUUUUGACGGGGAGCGACGGCUGCCUUAGUUCCAGGCUUUCUCUGCCAGUCCGGUCGCCGUCGCCCCGAAAACGUCUCCAUCUUAAGUUCCCUAGUCACAAGACGACGGCGCCGCCAGUUGAUCAUGGUAAUCAGUAACAUGCAUGACCAUCCCUCUUAGUAUAUCUCUUUCGAUUCAAAAGUACUUAAAGAAGCUUAAUUACUUAAUUUCUUUUAGAGGCCGGAGACGAAUUCAAGUGUCAAAAGAGGCAAUUUUAUGGAACUUUUAACCUGUACAAUCAUGACAUCCGACACGGCCUGUAAUUAUGCAAAUACGCAAAAUGGCAGAUUAUAAUCACUGUUGGUUGCAAUCCCAGAAGAUACCCGCAAGUCUGAGCCUAUAAACCAAAAAAAUAGGCUUAAAACUUUACUUUGAUAUGAUUUUUAAACCAGAUUUAGGCCGCAACUUUUGAAAUAUUUUCCCUCAAAUCUUCCUUACUUUCAAGGUUUCGAUUAAACCUGCUAAAUAGGUAUUCUUUGAACCACGGUAACUUGAACAUGUUUCGAUCAAAGAUAUUUUUAUCUAGCCUGGAACGGAUUUUUUGUGCAGGGAUUCGUUUGUUUGCAACGCGCUUUUCAAAAUCCAUCAAUUUUAGUAUUCGAAACACUCUCUGAGAAGUCGAGACGGACUCAAUUCGUUUUUGGCUUUUAGCAGAGCUAAGAAUAAGAAUUUGAAAACAAAAAUAACGAUUUUAGUAUACACUUACUAAAGCCUCUUCACCGACAAAAAAUAAAGGAAAAGUAUUUUUUGUCGCGAAAUCGCGUGGACCGCUUUUAGGGAGACUGCCUCUUAAUUGGGCCUUUUUCAGUCCUGAGUCAAGUCUUUUUGCCCGUGAAUGACUAAAUGAAUACGUCGUUUUCUACUCAGAGCCCUUGCUAGUCUUGAUCGAGUACGUUCCGUACGGGGAUCUUCUGGGUUACCUGAGAAAGAGCCGUGGAUUAAAUGACACUUAUUUCAAAGACCCAGAUAUCAAACCACAGACAAGUCUGACGUCACAUCAGUUGAUGAAAUUUUCUUGGCAAGUUGCUGAUGGAAUGAGUUACCUCUCAUCGAGAUCUGUAAGCUGAAAUAUUUUACUGUUGUGUAUUCAAAUAAGUCUGGUGCAGACUGCCUACAUUGUACAAACCAAAAUUGUACAGUUAAAAACACGCUCAAUUCUCCUCACUUUAAUUACCGCCACUUUUUGCUUUUGCGUUUUGAUAGACCUACUACACAAUGGCGAUUUCAUAAAAUGUAUGUGCGGCUGGGCUGCUGUGAAUUAGGACAUUCAGACGUGAAACUGACAGAGCUCUUGCUCUUCUAUUCUUCUGGUGUCAAAUAUUAAAAAAAAUGACAUCAAAAUUCAGUGAAAGGUAACAGUAUCAAACUGGGACAGAAGGAUCUGAACGUCUUGACGGGUUCAUGUGACUUGCAAGGUUUUCAGCUCGUUUGAAAUCAAAUGUCACAUUGCAGAUUAUUCAUCGAGACCUUGCCGCUCGAAAUGUUCUGGUUGGAGAAAAUGAAACUUGUAAAGUGACUGACUUUGGAAUGGCGAGAGAUGUGCAACAGGAAAACGUUUAUGAAAGGAAAACUAAGGUAUGUAUUGUAUUGGAAACUGCAUGACGUAGAGUAUAGGACUGGCAUGCAAUCUUUUGCCGUUAACUGGAGGAAAACACGUCAGGCUUUGUUUAUUAUAGUCGCUCCUUUCUUGGUUUCAUGCUUUAAGAGUCGCUCCCAAAACUGUAGCCCACGAAGUUACGGCCUUGUGUGUAAGGAUGAUAAAACACUUGACAAGUCUAACAAAGCAUAAGAGACUAUUUUGCCGGUCACCAAAACGUGGGAUUAGAUUACAUAUUCAAGGUGAUUAUGGUUGUCUGAGUGUGGUAAUAUAAAGACGUCGUUUGCCAAGCAUAAAUUUUUAAUUCACCUGCAUAUAAAAGAAGAUUACUAAUUUUAUACUAGAUAAAAGUCUUAGAGAACGGCUAAGUGAAACUUUCUUCGGUUUUGUCCUUCCACACUGAGACAGGAAGAAAGUGUAUAAAAGAAAGUUGCGUGUAAACGAAGCCUGAGUUUCAUUUUUGCAGUAACGAUUAUUUUAAAAUUUUAAGAUGGCCUUCUGAUCUUAUAUUUUGGAGUAGAUUUUUCUACCGACUUUCGUAAGCUUUUUCGCUAACAUGCAGGGAAGCAAGGCAGUACGUUGAUUUUUCAUUAUCUUCCACUUUCGCCUACUUUUCGCCAACUCGCUAUUCGAUGUUUGUCGUCCAUUUGGUAUUUGUCUUAUGGUCAUUUACUUUGCUGAUAUGUAGGGUCGUUUACCAGUGAAGUGGACCGCAUAUGAAGCACUGCUCUACGGACGAUACACCACCAAGAGCGACGUGUAAGAAAACUAUCUAUAUAUGCAUUAAUAAUUUGAUAUGUGCAGAACAGCAGUUCCUCAACGCGUUACGUGAGAAGAGGGAAGCAUGCAAGACGAUUAAUGUCACUGGGUUAACCAGCGUUAUUGACGCCAAUACUAUCCCUCCCCGAUCUCUAAACUAGAAGAGAGAAAAUGUGUAUUAAAAAACAGCAGAAAUUUUUUAUUUUUAUUUGUUUAAAAUGUAACCGCAGAUAUGUCACUUUUUGGUCUCAUAUAGGUGGAGCUAUGGAGUCUUGCUUUUCGAGAUAUUUACAAUUGGUAAGGUCCUUUAGCUAUUAACUUACAGUGGUUUUCGAAUUUUUUCUUAUUAUUUUGUUGUGAAAAACAUAAAGAAUGUUCCGAAAGAAGAAAGGUAUUACGUUAUAACAUAGUUUAGAGCUCAAGAAUGCAUACAUUAUUUGUAUCUGUUUGUGUUUUCCGUGCAUGUUGUCAUGGACAACUUUCUGCUAACGAUAAAAACCCCAGCAGUACCAUAUGUGAUAAUGGAGAGCUUCAGCAACAAGAACGCUGACCUCCUAAACGUCGUGAACAAAAAUCGGAGUUGGCUGCUUGGCAUGAUCAUAGUUAUUAGAGGAGACUGGUUAUGAAAAGCGGCAAACAUCAAUGAUAAGAACAACAGUGCUGCAGUUUAUGUUGGAAGUACCGUGAAAGUGCACAAUCCUUUGUUUUCUGUUGGCAAAUUGUUACGGAAUAAAUUAAUGCAACGUUUUUAUUGGUCAAUACAACCAAAAUGAUAGGAAUUCUUUUGAACGUUGUGCACUUUCAGGUCCACAAAAACAUAUAACAAAGGACUCUGACGGGUUUCAUAACCAUUGCACUCAAUUAACUAUGGCAUGAUGGGACGCUGCUCAAGUAGUUAAGUGGUUUAUCUGUGGAAAAUAGUUUAUUGGUUACAACUUCGGUAUAGAUGUUGGCGCUAAAUCAAAUUUGGCACACAUAAAGAACUCAUCGCCUUUAACAUUUUAAAGUAUAAAUAUAGUGUUAGUCAGUCACGUGAUAUAUCAAGCGACCAUUUUACGAGAAAUCGUAGAUUAUUGACCAGUUGGUGGCCAGUUUAAGGAAAGAAAUCGAGCAAGAACAUUUUUCUUAUUCAUAUUAAAGAUUUCUAACACUUCACGUUUGGAAUGACCGUCCGUGGCACUUCAGGAAAGAAUCAUUUUAAAUGCCCAAAUUUAAUCUUUAAUUAUUAAAAACUUUACUUUUGAACUUUGCGUACAUUCAUUCCAGACGUAGAAAGUGAGGAAUGUUUAUCCUCUUUAUCCAAACAAAGUAAAUUCCCCACCAAUUCGCCAAUUUCCUUCAUUUUUAAUUUUUUUAAACGUUCAGCCUCAAGGAAACCUCAACAUUUACUUUUGGGGAAAAGUUAUUUUGUUCUAGGUCUCCUAGCGAGAGAUAUUGUCAAUCAUUCAUUCGAACACACCUUUGACCCAGGCCUUAAACCCCUUGAGUGAAAGAUUGACUAGUUGAGAAGCCUUUUCCGAUUAACUUCUGGUUGAAAUGUUUGACGUCCAGGGAGACAACUGUCUCUCGCUACAGUGCCAAAGUUCGCUGAUAAUUUAAUACUGUCACCUUAUCACAGCAAGAACUUACACCAUGACUUAAAUUGACGGCCUUUUUUAGUUCCUCUAGCGCCAAAAUGAGGCAGAUAAAGAGGCGAGUGUGUAAAUAAAUUGUCCUUACAGCCACAGUUAGCUCCUUCCAUUUUGAGUAAAAACAGCAGCAAAAACAACAACAAAUUUUGGGAGAACUCAUGCCUUGUUAUAAAGUAUUGUCACAGCCGGUCACUUUCUCCUUUUUAGGGGGUUCUCCAUAUCCACGAAUGGAUGGCAGGAAGAUUGUAAGCUUACUUCAGGACGGAUACAGGAUGCCUAAACCACAACAUGUUGACGAUGAACUGUAAGUAAUUCUGUGUCUGCUUCAUGGCUUUCGGAACGUUUUAUUCCUAUACUGAGAUCCUCUCUCCAUACCAUAAAUAUUUAAUAGGAUCCUUAAGGAUCCUGCGAGAUUUUCACCAGAGAUGAUUUUGGAGUUUAGUUAACUGCAAACUGUUAUUGGAAAUUUUAACCGGAGACGACGAAUAGACUUUUCUGGAACUCCUUUUAUUCUUAUAGGCCACUUCCGAGUUAAAAAAACUCUCGCUUUCUAAGCGAGACUAAGUGCAAAACCUUUGUUGUGAGUUUUACUUAAAUGAGAAAAGGAAAAAAGUUCAUAUCAAUAAUAAUAAUAAUAAUAAUAAUAAUAAUAAUAAUAAUAAUCAUCAUCAUCAUCAUUAAAUAAUAAUCAUUAAAAUUUGUAUAGCGCCUAUCCAGCCCUGCCCUAGUCGCUUUACACCACAUUUAAAGAUCUGAAAAGGUGUUACUUGGAAUUCUGCUCCUGGUCCCGAUGGACCUGCCAUUGUUGAUGAUCUCUGGCAUGAAAUUUGUCACGAUUGCUGAUCGUCAUGCACCGCUGACGCAGCGCCGCGUGUGCGGCAUUGACAAUUGUCCCUGGCUAAACAAGAGCAUAAAGGUGACUAUUCGCCAGCGUGAUUAUUUUCACAAAAAAGCAAUCAAAAGCAAUGCCUCAGAGCAUUGGGCAAACUACCGCCAUUUUCGCAAUCGUGUGACAAAAGAAAUAAGGUCAGCGAAAGCGUCUUACAAUAAACGGCUCAUCGAGGAAAGUGGUGGUGAUCACAGAUCGUUUUGGAAGACGAUUAAGAAAAUCCUACCGGGAGAAAAGAAAGCUACUUCUCCAAACAUUAAAGUGGACGGCGUUGUCUCUUCUGACAAACAAUGCAUUGCCAACGCAUUUAAGAAGUUUUUCGCAUCUGCAGCAAGCAAAUUGAUGGCCACUUUACGGAAAACUUGUGGUAAUAAACAGCCUGAUUCCGAUACUCCUGCCCGUCAGUAUCCGCCAUUUAAUUUUCUUGAGGUCUCUGAGGAGUUUGUUAUGUCUCCACUACGUAGCCUGAAAUCUGGGAAGGCUGUGGGUUUGGACCACAUACCGGCUCGCCUGUUAAAAGAUUCUGCGGACAUUGUAGCUAAGCCUGUGGCGUUUAUUAUCAACACCUCGUUACGUACUGCCCAAGUUCCCAGUGAUUGGAAAUCCGCACGGGUCAUUCCACUCUUCAAAAAGGGAAAGGCUGAUGAGAUGGACAAUUAUCGCCCGAUUUCCAUUUUACCUGUUCUAUCUAAGGUUUUAGAACGGGCUGUACAUAUCCCACUCUACAAAUAUCUCCAGCAAAACAAGAUCUUGAGCCCUUAUCAGUGCGGGUUUCGGAAGUGUCACUCGACAGAAUUCGCUGCUCUUAGUUUUUCUGAUAAUAUUCGUAGGAACAUGGACCAAGGUCAAUUAACUGGUGCUGUGUUUAUUGACCUUCGCAAGGCUUUCGACACUGUGGAUCAUGCGGUACUUCUGGACAAGCUUUCCAAUUUGGGGAUUUUGGAUAAAGAGCAUGGCUAGUUUACGGAUUACCUGUCGAACCGCACGCAAGUUGUAGAGUUUCAAGGGGUGACUUCUGCUUCGGAAGCCGUCUCUACUGGUGUGCCUCAGGGCUCUAUCCUCGGACCAUUAUUGUUUAUUCUAUACAUUAAUGAUUUACCUGAAGUAGUGUCCGAUUGCAAUAUUCUGAUGUACGCUGAUGACACUGUUUUAUACUGUUCAUCCUCUCAAGCCUCUGUCAUUCAAGACAAGCUGAAUGCCGAACUUUGUAAGAUUGAUCACUGGCUUUCUUUUAAUAGUCUGUUUGUUAAUGUAACAAAAACCGAAGCUAUGCUUUUCGGAACCGCCCCUAGAUUAUCUGCUGUUAACUCUUUUUCUAUUACUUUAAAUAACAAUGUAAUUAAGUGGGUUUUUCAUUUCACUUAUCUAGGUAUAGUUCUUGAUGACCGCCUUAGCUGGAACGAGCAAAUAAAGUACCUAAUUUCGAAGGCGGGAAAACGCAUAGGAAUGCUCGGCAGGCUUCGCAGAAGCCUCAUUAGAGAGAGUGCCAAUGUAGUGUAUUGUAGUCUAAUUAGGCAAAUUUUAGAAUACUGUGUAAAUGUGUGGGGCUGUUGCGGGGAAGGUCGUAAACACGACCUUGAAGCCCUCCAAAACCGGGCUGCUAGGAUAGUGGCUUGUACUGUGCGCAGCAAGCAGGCAUUGGACGUUCUGAAAUGGCCCACCUUGGAGGAGCGCCGACGUCAAUCUGUUUUUAAACUCUUUAAGAAAUGCCUGCAAGGUCAAUGUCACCAGUAUUUUACAAAAAUAUUUUAAACGUAAUAAUACAAUCCAUGCGCGCGCUACUAGACAAAGCAACCUCUUACAUCCGCCUGCUGUGAGAACUGAAAUUGCAAAAAGAUCCUUCUAUUAUUAUGGUUGCACUCUUUUUAACGAAUUAUCUUCAUGAUAUUUCGUGUUUUACAUCUUUUAAUCUUUUAAUUGAAAAUAGUUUUCUAUUUAUAUUAUUACCUGUAUUAGUGUGAUGUUUAUAUGUUUAGUGUGGUUUUUGUGCGUUGUUGCUCAGGGCUCCCAUUGAUAUAACAGACAGCUUUUUGCGUCUGAAGGGGCUACCCAGAGCGGUAUAAAUUAAUAAAGGUUCUUCUUCUUCUUCUUCUCAUUCCGAACAAUAAGUAAAUAUUUCACUUUUCAAACAAAUAAAUAACGAAUUAAAUAGUAAACAUAUAAAAGUUAACAUAAAAAUGGCCGUAUUAACCAUGAUACGCUUUUCUAAGAAAAAGAUGACUUAAGGUCAGAUUUAAAAGUACUUAACAGUCACAUGAACGGAUGCUGUCUGGUAGACUGUUCCACAGGUCAGGAGCAGCAACAGCGAAUGGCUUCGCACUUAGCCUCUCUUUGCAUCAGACCGUUAAGAUAACUCGUAAAUGAACUAUUGAUAUGGACCUAAAGAAUUGUUGCUCAACAUACCAUGCAUAAUUUUUGCGUUGUUACAGGUACAAAAUAAUGAAACUGUGCUGGCUGGAAGACCCUAAUGCAAGGCCUUCUUUUUCUGAACUGACAGUAAAGCUGAAACAGAUGGAAAACCGACAUAAGGUACGAUUUAAACAAGAAAGGCCCUGGACAAUUUUGAGUCUCCCUCAAAUUUGUUUACCUUCAUUAGCAAGUCUGGAGCUGCAAACCUAGGGUAGCCUUAUAGAUUCUGUCUUCAAAACGUUCUCGUUAUGCUUCGUUGGCGGUCAAUUACGACCUCUCGCCAUGCCUGUUUCUUAAAACUAAUAAAAGUGAAGAAAUCGAACUGUUAACUGGAUUGUUUUGUUGUCAGUUACGCGAACAAGAUGAUUGUCCGAAAUCAAUGAUUCGCCUCCGUACUUGUCUUAAAGCUAAGAGAAAUAGUCCAACCAAUCCUACAGCAUUCGCUUCUAAUAAGAUUAUUAACAAAAGUAGGUUGAGUUUGAUCGUCCGGGUGAACGUAGUCCUGAAUAGGACUGUUGUUGUUGACAGUGACUGACGUUUCGACAACCUGUGCAGUAGUCAUCUUCAGAGUCAAAGUGAGUUGUAUCACGUCAGUUGAUGGUAUUAUACUCUGGUUAUUGAUCUGAUUGGUCAAUUACGUCGCGAUGUUAUUGGUCGUCCGUCAGUUAAGCGGUGAUGUUAUUGGCUAUGAAGACUCGUAAAAUAACCUUCAACGCAGGCGUUAUGUUUUUUUUUCUUUUGGCGGUUCACGCAAACAAUUCCUUCUCACUGGGCCAAAGAGACGUCUACGCAGCAGGCUGUUGAUAUGGCUUGUUAAGUUAUAAUAUAUGUUUUUUCUUUUUUAUUUACAGGGGCUAAUAAACAUGAAACUGUAUGAUAAUCAGCUAUAUGCAAACCUUGAAGACUUGACCGUAUAAAGCAAAACUAUCCACUCACGGGAGUGCCGCGGUCACCAGUUUCUUAUGAUUCUUUACUUUUUUUGGUAGCCCAAUUACUUAAACGGUAUCCUCAUUGAAUAAAGUGGAAUAAAGCCAUAACAAUUAAAAAACAUAUUUUUAGGUUCAGAAAAUUAGAGUUGGAAUUAAUUUUUAAGCGAAAAAAUAUUACUCAAAAGAUUCAUGACGCUACGGUUUACCCUAACUCGCUCGAUAAAGAUCAGGGCCGAGUUGUUCAAAGCCGGGUUAAGAUAACCCAGGGUUAGUGCGAGAUUUGAAUUCAGAUUUGAAAGCUUAAAAAGCAUUUCAGUUUUAAUUCUUUUUGUCUGCAAGUUGAUGAUUGGAAGCUCUAAAAAUAACAGAGGAAAUUAUCCGAGAAAAUGCUUUUGAAGACAAGAAAAAGAAACCCGGGUUAAGCACUAAUCGGCCUUCGAACAACUGGGCCCUGAAGUGCAGAAGAUAUAGUUUGUGGAGGUACUUUACUUGAUCCACUAUAUUAUGGGCUGGCAGACGAGUUUACCACUAUUCAGUGCUAUCUAAAAAGAUGUCAUAACCCCUCGAUAGAAAUGUAUAUGCUGAAUCAAGCUAGAGCCUACAGAGAAAGCUCAGGGGAAAAUACUUGGAGAGAAAUGUUUCUAUUAAGGUACCACUGUUGGUAUGAAGUUAAUUCCAAGGAGAAAGAAAUAAAAAAAAUACAAUUUUAGGAAAAAAUGUAGCAAUAACACCAAACAGUUACAGACCGCUUAAAGAUUUUCAAAUACAUAUCGAAUAAUUUUUAAAUGCCAUUUAGUGCUGUAACCCAUUACUAUUUUUUAUUUUUUUACUAUUAUUUUCUAUAAAUUCUAUCAAGUGAACGUGAUUUUUACAAUUAGCUACUAUUAGGUAUAAGUUGUACAGGCUGUUAAGGUUAAGUUAAGCGCGAGUAUAGGAGCCAUACGGCGCAUCAAAAAGUUUGUUCCCGUAGCUACUCUGGAAACAGUUUAUAAGGGCUUAGAUCAGCCAUAUUUUGAGUAUUGUUCUCCUUUGUGGGAAACUUGUGGCAAAUUAUUGAAAGAUAAGCUGCAACUAUUUCAGUCACGUGCUGCUAGAGUUCUCAGAGGUGCCAGUUAUGAUGUUCGCUCCGCAGACUCAAUGAUGAUCGAUGGCGCUGUGCAAAGUCAUUUUAAUGUAUAAAAUAUUUUAAAUGAUCACACCGCCCGCGGCCUAAGGAACUCUUUUGUGAGAAGGAAUGUUGAUCAGACUAAUUACCAUCUACGUAACACGGCUACUGAUCUAACACUUCCUAAACCGAAAAGAGAUUUUCUAAAAAGAAGUAAUAAAUUUAGCGGUGCUAUGCUUUGGAACCAGCUUCCCGUAUGAGGCAAAGCUCGCUGAGUCAAUCUCUUCAUUUAAAAGUCUUCUGAGAUUUUAGUUGGGUAUUGAAGAGCUGUGUAUCUUAUUAGUGGU